GCUGGGGCGCGGGGCUGCCCCGCCCCGCCGUGCGCCGCGGGUCGCUGCGGGGUCGGCGCGGCGCGGGCGCUGGCGCGGUGGGAGCGGCGGCCCCCGGGCAGCGGCGGCGGCGGGGCCUGCGGGGCGGCGGCCGGGUGAUGGGUUGGCGGGCCGCUGCCCGGGCGAGGGCUGCGAUGUGGUAGACUGUGGAAAUGACCUAUUGAAGAAGGCUCUUAAAGGUUAAGUUUGAUGAUCUGAGGUAUGGGAUAAGAUCUUUCCAGAGUAAUAAGCAUGGUUCGAGAACGAAAAUGCAUAUUGUGUCACAUUGUGUACAGCUCAAAAAAGGAGAUGGAAGAACACAAGAGAAGCAUGCUUCACCACAGAGAACUUGAAAACCUGAAGGGAAGGGACAGCAACCAUGAGUGCCAGGUGUGCAGGGUGACACUGGUGGGCUUGUCAGCAUAUGCCAAGCACAUCUCCAGCCAGCUGCACAAAGACAAUGUUGAUGCCCAUGACAGAGAAGAGGAGGAGAAAGAAGAGGCAGAAGAAGAAUACCUUGACAAAGAACUCAUUCAACUAAUCAAGCAAAGGAAGGAACGGAACCGGCAAGCUGAACCAUGCUGUGCAAACCAAGAAUUAGAAUGUGAUGAUAGGAGAUCACAGAGGAGGCGAGAAGAAAGAGCUACUUACAAAGAAAGAGAAGCUUAUGAUCAGUCAUCAUGGCAUCAUCAUAAUCCAUCACAGAGGGACUGGAAAUGGGAAAAAGAUGAUUAUAUUAGUCCUAGACAAGGCAAAUUUUCACACUCUCUGAGGAACCUUAAUAUAAACAGACAUCCAGGUGGCCCAAGGGGACGCUCUGGAUGGCACCAAAAUGUUUCAGGAAACCCUUCAAAUCGGCAUAACUAUGGGAAUUCCGGAAAUGUUUGGCAUCCAAGUGGGCGAGGAGGAGGAACAUCAAAUUGGCAUCAUGGUGCCAGAGGGAGAAAUCCUACCUGGCACUCAGAAGGAACAGGUAAUUUUUCUAGCUGGAAUUCUAAGAGUUAUGGAGGAAACUGGAAAUCUAGUCCUCAUGGUGCAAAUGGCUGGAAUUUUGGAAGCUCAGGAGAUGCAUAUUCAUUAGACCCAAUUAAUUAUAAUAAGGAAAGGUAUACAUGGCAGUGGCAGGAGAAGGACACCAUUGAUAUUGUACCAUACAGAGAUCGAAGUAAUAGGCGUGAGUCACUUGAUUUUACUAGUGAUAAACUUCCUCCUGAGGGAGCACUGGAUUUUGGUACUUCCAAGCAACCAGAAAACAAAACUUCAAGAACCAGUGGAAAAGGCGGCAGUCCUUCCAGAGAUAAAAUAUAUCGCUGGAGUCCCUACCCAUCCCAGAAAGCUGCAGAGCAGCAGUCAUGGUCUGAAGAUAACGUUUCUAAAACUCCGGAGAAAACAGAUUCUGUAUUUAUGCCUCUUACUGAUUCAUCAAUGAAAGUAAAAACUUGUGAAUCCAAUGCAGGCCUCCCAAAACUUAAAAAAUGGGAAGUACCUUCCCCCGCUAAUGUAACCGCAGAUUGCCUUGAUUCUUGCAAGCUAAUGACAGACUAUUCUAGUGGUGAAAAGCCUGAUAAAGAUGAUGGUGGAAGGAAUAGGAUACCAUCGCUGAAAUCCCCUCUCCUGAAUAUCACAGACAUGAAGUUGUCUUCCCAAAAGCAGGACACAGAGAAUCUCUUAAAAAAUGUCAAGCUUCUGUUAUCCUCAACUAGUGGUGAACAGCAGAAUCAUUUGAAUGCACUGAACUUGGAAACAAAGAGUUUCCCCUCUUAUGCGUCAAAGCUGCACAGCGCAUGUGCAGAUAACUUACAAGGCAGCAGAGAUGUGCUUGGCAGCAGUGUUGGAGAAGCUGUUAAUAACCUAAGCGAAACACAACAAAAAAAUGAAGAACUUCAAUCCAGCCACUCCUUGCAAAAUCCUCAUUUAGACUCUUGCAAGGAUACAAGUGAUCAGAAUAUGGAAGAAGCUGGGAAAGUCUCUCUGAAGAGCAAGUUCGGACUAGAUUCAUUAGAAGAUGUGAGUGAUGAUGAUCUAACCGGCAGUGAAAAAUCUGAAGCAAGAGUUGAAAAGUUGAGUUCUUCUGUUAGUUCUUGUUUACCCUGUGAUGUUCCAGAAAGUAAGCCUGCUAAAUCGGAAAGGGAAGAUGAUGAAAAACCUGCUGUUUCAGCUAUUGCUUCUGCUGACCAAAAAGAUUCUGCAUUUCAGAUGGAAUCCACAGCAUCUCCAUCAAGCAGUCAGGACAACUUGCAUGUGGAUUUGAAAACGGCGCAGGAAGGAGAAGGUGAUGAAGAGCAUGUGAAGUCACGUGAUCACUUUGAAAUGGAAGGUUUCGAAAAUCCUUCGGAUCAUGAGCUGCAGAAGGGAGGAAGCCAAUCAUUAGGUCUCCUUCUUCCUGAUUUAAGCAAACUUGGCCUCCCUGCCUCUCUGCAAAGAGACCUGACACGACAUAUUAGUCUGAAGAGCAAAGCUGGGACACAUCUUCCAGAGCCCAAUCUCAAUAACGCACGGCGAAUUCGCAAUGUUAGUGGCCAUCGGAGAAGUGAGAUGGAGAAAGAGUCGGGGCUUAAACCCACCCUCAGGCAGAUUCUUAGUGCUUCCCGGAGAAAUGUAAACUGGGAUCAAGUAAUCCAGCAGGUAACCAAGAAGAAACAGGAACUUGGCAAAGGUUUACCAAGGUUUGGCAUAGAAAUGGUGCCUCUUGUUCAAAAUGAGCAGGAGGGUUUGGAACUCAGUGAAGAGUCUGAUCUGUCUACUCUAGAAGGAUUCCAGUGGGAAGGGAUUUCCUUAGCAGUGCCUGGGUCAGCCAGAAAACGUAGCUUUUCUGAAAGCAGUGUGAUUGUGGACCGAAAUCCUUCUGCUUACAGCUUCUUCAGUGACCAAGCCAAAACAAAAGAAAGUGAGCAAAGGCAAAUAAUUGCCACCAGCCACUCACAUCACUUAACAUCUGGAUAUGAAGCAAAUGCUGACAUUGAGGCUGACUUUAAACGUGAGACAUCUUCUCUUCCUUUGUCACCAUUUAUGUCUGAAGGAACUGAGACUAGUGGAAGCAGACACAGCCUGCCAGCAUCCUCUGAGGUCACAGGCCUCACAAAACAAGAUCAGGAGAGCCGAGAUAAGAGAACACCCCUUCUUGAAAAACAAAAUGUACUGGAAAUCUCAGGAGAAGAAAAUACCCUGGCUUCAAGUGGUGCUUUGGUUCUUGCGGUAUCUAAUAACAUAGAUGCAGCUACAGACAGUAGCUGCACAUCUGGUACUGAGCAGAAUGACAGCCAAGGAAUUGGAAAGAAACGAAGAGCGACAGGAGAGGGAUCCUCUCCUGAAAUCCCCAGUCUAGAAAGAAAGAAUAAAAGAAGAAAAAUUAAAGGUAAAAAAGAACGCUCGCAGGUAGACCAGUUGUUGGCUAUCUCACUGAGGGAAGAAGAAUUAAGCAAAUCCCUGCACAGCGUGGACAGCAGUCUCUUGCAGGCUAGGGCUGCCCUACAGGCAGCAUAUGUUGAAGUUCAACGGUUCCUUGUAUUAAAGCAACAGAUCGCCAUGGAAAUGAGUACACUAAGAAGUCAGAGAAUCCAGAUCUUGCAGGGGCUACAAGGUAUGAGAUGCCAUGCAACUACAGCAGAAACGCUUGACCCUUCUGAACAGUUGGAGCAACUUCCCUGCAGUGUCUCAGCUGAAGGAAGAAAUAGCAAAUCUCAGAUGGCAACUGACUUAAUUCCUGCAGGCUCCUUCUUGCCCCUUUUGGACACUUUGUCUCCUUCUGUACCUCCGUUGGGAGCAUCUGUCCAUGUCAACUCGCCAUCGUCAUUCCAAUCUUCUGCUAGCAUCACACCCACCACUCCUCCUGACUCCUCCAUACAAGUUAAACGAGAGCCUGUGUCUCCAAAAGUUUCAGAGGAAAAUGUGAAUUCUGUGCUCCAGACCUCUUACUGCCCUUCACAAGCAGAAAUGGUGGAGCAGAAGGAUGAAGAGAUCAGCCAGAAAACUUCAGUGUGUCCAGUUAUCUCUGCAACCGUAUCCCUGUCAGAGCUGACAGCUUGUUUCCAACACACUAAUCAAGAUGUUCAGAAGCCUGCUGCAGAGAGGAGAAAGGCUGGACUUUCUGAGAACUCUUCUCCUUCUCAUUCCCCAUCUGGUUUUAGCAAGAGAGAAGCAAAUGAAACAGUGUCUGAAAGCUUUUUACCAGACCAGUGUAGCACUUCUCUUCCAAAUCAUUCAGUCCUUCUAGAAAUGCCAAUGGAUAAAAAUCCCAAGUUGACAGCAGACCUGUGUGAACAACAGACAGCAACCACUCUAAUACCAACAGAAAAAGGGAACAGGAGGAGGAGAAAGUUAAGGAAGAAGAAAACUCUGAGGGCAGUCCAUGUGCCAGAGAACAGUGAUACAGAACAGGAUGUAAUUGACUCUAAGCCCAUCAGGAAAGUCAAGAGUGGCAAGGUUCCUAAAGGAGAAAAGGUUACCACAUCCACUCCUCCAAGACAGGAGGAUGGAGGUACUAUGCAGACAGCAAGAAACAAAGAUGCAAAUGACAGUGAUACUUCUCUGGAACUAGUGGAAAUUGCAACCCCUCAGUAUGAGGUGGUUGACAUUGGUUCAUCUGGAUCGGGAGAUGAGAAACCAGACAGCCCAUCCAAAAGGGAUUCACGCAGCUCCGUUGACCAAGCAGUCCUAGAAGCAUCUUGCUCUGGUUAUGAUGAAGUGAGCUCUACCAGUGAGAUUGGCACAAAUUAUAGGGAUGAUGUGAAAAAAAGUGUGGCUGAGACACAGACUUCCAUAUCAUCACUAAGAGGAUCAAAGAACUCUUCAGAAGUGUCUUCAGAGCCAGGUGAGGAUGAAGAACCUACAGAGGGGAGCUUUGAAGGACAUCUGGCUGCAGUGAAUGCUAUUCAGAUUUUUGGGAAUUUGUUAUACACCUGCUCAGCAGACAAAACUGUUUGUGCCUACAAUCUGGUUAGCAGGAAGUGUGUAGCCAUCUUUGAAGGACAUACUUCAAAAGUGAACUGCCUCCUAGUCACUCAGACAAAUGGGAAGAAUGCAGCACUCUACACUGGCUCAAGUGACCACACUAUCAAUUGUUACAAUAUCAAGACCAAAGAGUGCAUGGAACAGUUUAAAUUGGAAGAUCGAGUGCUCUGUUUACACAGUAGAUGGCGGAUCCUUUAUGCAGGCCUUGCAAAUGGCAGUGUGGUUACGUUCAGCAUAAAGAACAACAAGCAAGUGGAUACCUUUGAAUGCCAUGGCCCUAGAGCAGUGAGUUGUCUAGCCACAGCUCAGGAAGGAGCACGCAAGUUGUUGGUAGUGGGCUCCUAUGACUGUACCAUCAGCGUGCGAGAUGCUCGGAACGGGCUGCUCCUCCGAACACUCGAAGGUCACAGCAAGACGAUACUCUGCAUGAAGGUUGUGAAUGAUCUGGUAUUCAGUGGCUCCAGUGAUCAAUCUGUCCAUGCUCACAACAUUCAUACUGGAGAGCUGGUACGGAUCUACAAAGGCCAUAACCAUGCAGUAACAGUUGUGAACAUUCUGGGGAAGGUGAUGGUGACCGCCUGCCUAGAUAAAUUUGUUCGUGUUUAUGAACUACAGUCACAUGACCGCUUGCAAGUCUAUGGAGGCCACACAGACAUGAUCAUGUGCAUGACCAUCCAUAAGAGCAUGAUCUACACUGGAUGCUAUGAUGGUAGUGUCAGAGCUGUGAGGCUUAAUCUGAUGCAGAAUUAUCGUUGCUGGUGGCAUGGAUGUUCACUGAUCUUUGGAGUUGUGGACCAUCUGAAACAACACUUAUUAACUGACCACACCAAUCCAAAUUUUCAGACCCUAAAGUGUCGUUGGAAGAACUGUGAUGCUUUCUUUACUUCCAGGAAAGGUUCCAAGCAGGAUGCUGUAGGACACAUUGAAAGACAUGCUGAGGAUGACAGCAGGAUUGACUCAUGAAGCUUUUCACCUCCCACAUUGGGAAGUAAUUUUAUACAUCAGAAUUAUUCCAAAUAGCACCCAUUUCUUACUCCAGUCUUUCCUCUUUUCUUUUCCAACUUGGAAUGCAAAACAGGAGUGGGGCUGAAAUGCCUUGCUACAGAGACUGCAGGUUGUAUUGCGCUCUGUAGAAAUAAGGCUAGUCUAUUAAGACUGGGCCCAAAUGGAAGAAUCUUGCAAGUUUUUAAUUCACUGACAGAUAAGAAUAUCCCCCCUCUUGUCUGCCUUGUUUUUUUGAAGAAGCAUAUUCUGAGCGUCUUUUGGAAGUCCAGAGGGGUGCUGAGAAAUUAGAUUACAAUAAGCGCUGGUGUUUGCAAACUCACCUUAAAAUCUGUUAGGCGUCUGACUAAGACAUGUCUGUUUUUAUGUUGUAUCCAGGUUUUUAGCCAAUUUUAAUAGAAUUCUGCGAAUAGAAUAUCACAAAUUCUGACAAGUGUAACCUGAAUAUUCAGUGUAUGUUUUGGUUUUCUUCAUAAAAAGAAAAGGUAUUUUAUGGAGAACUGGAAUAAAUUAAUUGUUUUUUUAAUGUUAACUCUAAUUUAUGCCUAUUUUUAUUCCUUGUCUAAAAAUUGCUAUAACUGGCACAAUAUAUACAGACUGCCCUCAACAUUAUACUUCCUAAGGUGUUUUUAGAGGAAAGCAGUCACUUCUUGAAGAGAUGUGCCAGUAGAAGCAAACCAACCAGAACAGCGGCUACACUAACCCGCUUAGUGAUCUUAGUCUCUUUAAAUAUAGGUGCUUUUGUACAAGAAAGGAGAGACUAGUAUCAGCUCUUUUGUUUUACAGUUAAAUACCAGCAUAACCACUGCUAUCUUGAUACAACACGAGUUGGAUUCCUGAUUUUAUUUGGUAGUUCAUCUUGCCAAAUUGUUUAUCUUGUCAGUGAAAUCUGGUAUGGAAUCUUAAUGACUGACCUUGUAGUCCUGUGUCUUCAUGGUAUAGCAAACAUAGAAAUGCAACGGCAUGAGGUGUCUAAGUGCAUCCACUUUGGUAUUUUGUUUCUCUUGUAAUGAAGCAGGAUUUUAGAGUCCAAAGUUCUCAAGCAGAAGCUGGGGUUACAAAAUGUACAUUAUAUGCAUUUGUAGAAACAAUUCUUUCCCAUGUAAUGUACCACAGAGAAGCUGCUGCAGAGGGGAAGACUCUUUAUACUGCUCAGGGCUCCUCUGCAGUUGCCCCUUGGGGUGGCAAACUUAAUCUAAUUUUUCCAUAAAGUACAGUGAAACAUACUACUUCCAUUUGAGGUGUUGUCUUAAAUAACAGGAUUAAUUUAGCAAAGAGCCUUUUGUUCGCUUUUGCUUAACCUGCAGCUGAGGAUAAAAAAGCAGAGGUUCUUUCAAACUGUAUCCAGAACGUAAAGAUAACCCAGCUUCCAAACUGAGCUGCUUAUAAAUUAGUCCAGUGCGUUUCAAACAAGUAGAAAGCACUCAUUUCACUGGGUGUUGCUUUCACUACUAGUCUGAGGCUCAGACAUGCCAACUUCAGACCAAAUACAUUUCAUAGCCUUGUUCUUUGAUCACAAAGAAGCCUUUUUAGGCCAAGAAAGUGACUGAGGGAAGCCCAUGGGUGUUCUGCUCUGCCACUAACCAGGGGACUUCAGGGCCUCCUCUGAAGCACACUGUUUUUAUACUGUCUCAGCUGAGGCGUCUUUCUCUGCAGUUACUUGACAUUGAUGGGUUUUUUUCUCAAGAGAGAUGGGGAUAAAUUGGGAAUGAGAUACAGUAGCAUCCUACUUCAAACACAUAGGAAUCCUCAUGGUUCCAAAACUCCUGUGGGUUUUUUUGUUUUGUUUUGUGGGAGGUUUUUUUGUUAAACUGUUUGAGAGGAGGGGAAAGAAAAACAGUAUGCGACUUGGACCUUGUCUGAGGGAUUUUUAGUUUUAUUUUUUGUGGGUUGUUUUGUUUUUGGGUUUUGUUUUGUUUUGCCAUGGUCUGUGGAUGAAGCAAUUUAAGAGAUGAUCAGGGAGCUCUCUGAGCAGUGUAAUUGUUUUCUGAUGCAGGCUGUAAAGAGGGAGCAUGUAAAGGUGUGGAAUAAACAGUGUGAACUUUUCAAGCUGUCCUUUGUAGAUGUGAUUGAAGUGAAGGUGUGGAGCUGUGUAGUCUGAGGACAAGCAUGUGGAGUGUUCCUAUCAUUCUGAAAGCUGGUGUGUGAGAGCAGAUUUUGUUACUUUUUCCUUGCAGUUCUUCAUUUUCUUUCAGCUGAUGACUUUGUUUUCAGGAAUGCCUGAAGAUCCUUCUCAUUAAGUGUUGCAGCAGAUAAAGUUAUUACACUUUAUUUGCAUUCCUGUUUGCUUAUAAGGCUUAUCUUUUCUCAUUGGUAUAAGCAGGCUUCCCUUUCUUGUAGUCCAUUUCAAGGUAUCCAAGAUAUUUCCUUAUCUGUCCUUGAAAACAGUCCUCCCCCAAAGGCUGGACUUCUGAAAUCCAGCUUUAGUAGUGAUGUCUUUUGUUAUUUGGUAGGUCCUAUCAGAUGCACCUUAAGAAUCUUAAAACUAGUAAGAGGUGGGGAAAUUGCAGAGCUGGAUGAGUGUAUAUACAGUUUUGCUUUAUAAAUAAAAAUUGCUUGGGGGCUCGGAGGAAAACACUGUGCUGCCUUGUUGUCCUGAGGAUAUCUUGAAAGGAUUUGCUACAAAGCUGUCCUGAAGAUGUGAAAUUCCCCAGACUGCUUUGCAGUUCCUGUUUGUUCAACUGGAAUUGCACGCAGCUUUCAUUAAUGGCCAUUUGCUUCUUCUAGAGGCAAUUGCAGACAGUAGCUGGUAAGCUAAUGCCUUGGCUUGAUAGCCAUUAAUCAGAUAUCCUCUUUAGUUUUGCCACUUAGUUAGGAUUCUGGCUUCUGAUAUACCUCCAGUCAAAGAAAGAGUGGAAUAACUUUGGGAAUGGGGAAUAUUUCUAAACUUUAGAAAAUAAUAUUUGCAGGAAAAGCAGUACUGCACAUAUGAAGCCUAUGUUCAAGACUGUUUUUGGUUUUUAUGCAAGUAAAAUGUGGGUGGAAGAGUGACUAGAAGGGGGGUUUUGUGUUUAGCUGAGGUUUGGGGGAUUUUCUAUUACUCAAAUGCUAAAUAAUGAGCUCUGGACUUAGUAUAUGGCUGACUAAACAGGGCAAUCCUAUUGGGGUGCAGGCCACUGUUUUCCUCCUAGCAGUACUGACAUUGUGUUUAAUUAAGCUGUGACCCUCCUUGGUGGCUAUAAAGUACUCAGAGCUAUUGUGCUUUGUUAUGAUAUAAAGAAUGGGCCAUGAGUUACUCAAAUUGGUUAUGUCAUUCUCUUCAAAAGUGUGAGAAUUUGUUGUGCCAUCUGUAUACUAAAUCCUACCCAAGCUCAAAAAGGAGGGCCCGAGUAGCAUAAAAUUAUCACAUAAACCUAUUAUGUGUCACAAAGCUUAACCUUCCCCACCACCAAAUUUCCCCACAUGUAUUGAAUCAUAGGAUAAUGCAGACAUUGGUCUAGAUUUUUUGUUCUUUUUUUCUUCAAAUCACAGUGAAAAAUAACUGCUAACUGACAGUGCAAUACUAUAUAGCCUAGUGCUGCUGCUUCAGAUACGCACUAGUGACUUUUGGUCAGCAAGGGAUAUUAAAAUAUUUUGGUACAAAGGUGCCUGCCUGUUGUCUGUAUGUGGGAAGGGGUGGGAGGGAAAGCUGUCAAAUCUGUUGGUACAAAGGUGCAUUAAAUACCCCAGCUUCUGUUUGCCUCAUGUAACUUCUGUGUGGACUGCAGAUUAUUUAAAGAUGUUGUCAAAGCAUGAGCUGACUACAAAAUAGCAGGAGUCUGGUUGUGCAGUGUGUUCGAAGCAGUGCAGUUUUAAAUGCACAUUUUCAGACUGUACACUCUAAUAUUGCUGGAUCAAGAUAAACAAUAACUGAAAACUCUAACUGGCAAUAAAUGGUAGGUUCCCAGGGAUAAACACGUAGUUUUGAGAAAAUAUUGUUUCCUUUUUAAUUAAAACACAGGUACAGAUGAAUCCCCAGUUUUCAGGAUUUGUAUGGUACUAUUACUCACACAGUCUGUUGUCCAGAAUUGCAGAAUAUGUAAGGAAGGAUAAGGAAACAGUUUCAGCUAUCGUUUGUAAAAUAUUUACUAGUGAAAGUAAAGAGCAAACUGCGUAGGUAAUGUUUUGUUAUAUGUACCUGCCAGCUUCUCAGUUUCAUUUUGCUGUAAGUGUUAAACAGUCUUUUUGAAGAAUGAAAGUGGAAUAAAACAACAUGACUGAAUAUUUAAUAAUUUAAGCUGUGUAGCACGUGUGCACAGAUUGACCAUGUUUUCCUCUUUCAUUUUGGUACAAAGCUGUGAGCAUAAUAACGAAACUUUACACAGUAAAAAAAGAGAAAUAAAAUAAAAAUAAAAUUCCUUA